GAAAUGGAUGCAAUAAUAAUCGUAUAAAAGGUCUGAACUGCAAAGCAAAUUAUUCAAUUUAACUUUUCUAAUAGCUAUUGUGAUCAUCUUGUCAUAGAAAUACUUCGAUAUUAUUUAAUAAAACAUCAAAAUGAAAUUUCCAAUUGCUUUGAUUUCCCUUCUCUGUGUUUCAGCAAUCAAUUCAGCUCCAGUUUCUGAAAAGGUUUGUCCUAAAUUUGACCACGACCUUGUCUUUGCAGUUGUCAAAAAUAUAGUCAGUUUUAUCCCAAACUGGCGAUUUGAUGGUACCUUCCGAGAAAAUCUAUUGAAUGUUGCAGAUAAAUUCAUCGAUUCUAAACCUGCUGUUUAUUGGGAUGAGAAACUGGAUGCAAAAACUAAUCUGGUCAUUUUGACUGAUCUUAUUCUUAAAAGCAAUCCAAUAGUAGAAAUCGAAUUAGAAAAAUCUCUCGAAUCUAAUGUUGGAACAUUGGUUCAAUUCAUAAAUGAUUAUUCCCUAUUGACACUCGACAAAACUCAAGUUUUGAAUUGGAUUGUUCGAACUGCAAAUGAGUAUGAAUUUGAAGGAAUUGAUGCUAAAAAAUCGCUCCAUGAAAAUGUCGUAAUUUUUGUUGAAACUGGUCUCAAGAAUAUCAAAGUUGAGGAUAUCCAUUCAUUUAAAGAUUGGGUCAAUGCUGUUAUUGUUCACGAAACUGAAGACUUUUUAUCUUUUGGUCCUGAAGGUACCAUUCAAAAUAUUGUCGCUGGUUUCCUUGAUUUAAUGUAUAUUUCUUGUGUAACUAAACAUUAAUACAUUUGAUGAUUAACUUGAGUAUAAAAUUGAACCAUUUAACAAAACAUUGUUAAUUUCAAUAGGUACAUCUUUAGAAUGUCUUUAUAUUCCUGAAAAAUAUUAAUAAACUAUUAU